AGCAUCAAAGUUCAUCAGUCUUGAGAUCUCAGGGUCAUGGUUCCUUGUGGGGACAGUACCUUCUCUGGGAAUGUAACUUUCCCUGCCUAAGGUCUUUCUACCCUUCUCCAAGACUGGAUGUUCCCCCUUACUGCCCACUCCCUACACUCCAGGCCGGGGCUGUUCUGAGAUGAAGCUGUUGUCACGAAGUGCCAGGAAUAGGAUAGCUGUGGAACGCUGGCCUAAGCGGGAAGCACAGCCAAGAUGACCCACAACACAACCAUGCUUCAGUACCUACAGACAAGUGUCUACAUGCUUCUCCCAGCUAGAUACCCUCCAGCCCACAGCCAUGACUGAAUCUGAGGGUCUGGAUUUGGGCCUGAGUUCAUUUUGGAGAAGGGCAGGAUACUAUUUAUAGUCUGUUUUAUCUCCCAGAGGCCAGGAGUGAUGACACCAUUGCAUCUCUGCUACAGCCGGCAGGAUCCAGGGAGGGUUUGCCAUGUUCUGUACACCCCCUUGGUCUGCCACCUCCCUGGUUGGAGAGGUCUCUGCCCUUACUAGCAGCAGGUACUCCCCUUAUCCCUGCUGCAUCCCUACCUUUGGGGGUACUCUGCUCCUGGCCCUGGGGCUUCAGGAGUGACUCAGCAUGUAAUUUGGUUUUGGAUGCUGUAUGGGGACAGUUAAGAGCAGGGCCUUCUCUACAUUUGCCACCUGACUCGAAGUUGCAUGGGGCCUCCUUGCAGCAGUGCUAGGAAUAAGAGUGGAUGUCUCUAGAAGGCAUACUGGCACUUUCAAGAGAGCUCUGGGCAGAAACUAGACCAUAGGAACCACAGGGUUACAAGCAGCGGAGUCUCGGGCAACUGGGUGGCUUGAGAAGGCUUCCCGGAGGAGGUGACGUUUGUGCUGAGUGUUGGUUUGAGAAGGCUGACACGGCGCUCAAAGCGUCUCGCAGCGGAAGUUUUAGGUGCAGCAACUUACUGGGAGGAGCUUCUGCACCGCGGUGCGCGACAGCGGUGCCCCAGGACUGGGACGGCGCUGAGUGGUCCUGUGCCUGCCUCGGGUGUGCGUGUGGGGCGCGUGCGUGCAGGGGCGCUGUGUGCGCGAGUGCGCGGCACCGUGACGUGGUGGCCCGAGAGCGGCGCGCACUGAACAGAGCAGGCAGAGCGGGCCGGCCGGGGCGGAGCGGAGCCGUCCGCAGAGCAGCCCCUCCCGGCCUCGGCCGACCCCGGCCCCCGGCCCGGCUCUAUGGACAGGAGCUCUCUGCUGCAGCUUAUCCAGGAGCAGCAGCUGGAUCCUGAGAACACAGGCUUCAUUGGCGCAGACACCUUCGCUGGUCUGGUGCACAGCCAUGAGCUGCCCCUGGACCCAGCCAAGCUGGACAUGCUGGUGGCCCUGGCCCAGAGCAACGAUCGGGGCCAGAUCUGCUACCAGGAGCUGGUGGACCUGAUCAGCAGCAAGCGCUCCAGUAGCUUCAAGAGGGCCAUCGCUAAUGGACAGCGGGCGCUGCCCCGAGACGGGCUGCUGGACGAGCCAGGGCUGGGUGUCUACAAGCGGUUUGUGCGCUAUGUGGCCUAUGAGAUCCUGCCCUGUGAGGUGGACCGCCGCUGGUACUUCUACAGGCACCGCAGCUGCCCGCCCCCCGUGUUCAUGGCCUCAGUCACUCUUGCCCAGAUUGUUGUGUUCCUGUGUUAUGGGGCCCGCCUCAACAAGUGGGUGCUGCAAACCUACCACCCUGAAUACAUGAAGAGCCCCCUUGUGUACCACCCUGGGCACCGUGCCCGUGCGUGGCGCUUCCUCACUUACAUGUUCAUGCACGUUGGGCUGGAACAGCUGGGGUUCAAUGCUCUCCUGCAGCUGAUGAUCGGGGUGCCCCUGGAGAUGGUGCAUGGCCUACUCCGCAUCAGCCUGCUCUACCUGGCAGGCGUGCUGGCAGGCUCCCUGACUGUCUCCAUCACCGACAUGCGUGCCCCUGUAGUGGGGGGCUCUGGCGGGGUCUAUGCCCUGUGCUCAGCACAUUUGGCCAACGUUGUCAUGAACUGGGCUGGGAUGAGGUGUCCCUACAAGCUGCUGAGGAUGGUGUUGGCCCUGGUGUGCAUGAGCUCCGAGGUGGGCCGGGCUGUGUGGCUGCGCUUCUCCCCGCCACUGCCUGCCUCAGGCCCACAGCCCAGCUUCAUGGCGCACCUGGCAGGUGCAGUGGUGGGGGUGAGCAUGGGCCUCACCAUCCUGCGCAGCUACGAGGAGCGCCUGCAGGACCAGUGUGGCUGGUGGGUGGUGCUGCUUGCCUAUGGCACCUUCUUGCUCUUCGCUAUCUUCUGGAACGUCUUCGCCUAUGACCUGCUGGGUGCCCACAUCCCCCCACCACCCUGACCUGCUGCUCCCCAGGGCCAGAGGGGCAUGUGGUGUCCAGCCACCAGGCAGGUCUGCACACCUGCCCCCCCCCGUGAGUGGACAUCUCAGGGCUGCUUCUCCUCACAGGUGCAGGUGGGCCCUGUAGUCCACCAGCUGAGGCUGAGUCUCACUUCAGCCCUGGCCGCCCCUCCCAGGCCUGGGGGGGGGAGGUCCCCAAGGGUGGUCCCAAAGGAGACCCAAUCCCAUCCAUUCCACCCCAGGACUUGCAGUCUGAGCCUUUUUGAAUGAAUAAAUAUUUUACACUCCA